CUUGUCUAAACUAGAAUCAGUCUUGGUUGUUGCUCUUGUCAUACAUAUUAUUGGAGCAGUCUAUGGUUCUAGUGCUGAGUCAGACCAUCUUGCAUUACUGGAAUUCAAAUCAAAGAUUACACUUGACCCUCAAGGUGCUUUGACAUCUUGGAAUGAUUCCCUUCCUUUUUGCCAGUGGAGAGGAGUGACAUGUGGUCGCCGCCACCGAAGAGUCACAGUGUUGGAUCUACAAGACUUGGGUUUAGUAGGUUCUUUAUCUCCUUAUCUUGGUAACAUGAGCUUCCUCGGUAACAUUACCCUUGACAACAACAACCUUCAUGGAAGUAUCCCUCAUGAGAUAGGUCAAUUACACCGAUUACAGGUAUUAUCCCUUCCCAAGAAUUUGUUCACCGGGGAAAUCCCAGCCAACAUGUCAAGUUGGCCAAAACUGUCACUCUUUAACUUAAAGGAUAAUAACCUAUCUGGGAAAAUUCCAAAUGAUUUUAGUUCUAAGUCACUAAUAACUGUCAUAGCCUUAUCCAACAAUGACCUCACUGGUGGUAUUCCACCAUCCAUAGGCAAUCUCACAUCUCUUGAAAUACUCGCUCUACAAGGUUGUCAGCUAGGAGGGAUCAUUCCUAGUUCCUUCAAUCAAUUGAAAACUUGCGAAAAAUAGGUCUGGGAGAGAACGGCUUCCUUGGUGCAUUUCCUUCGUUUUUAUUUAACCUUUCGAUGUUAGAAAUAAUAAGUUUGACAAAAAACCAACUUCAUGGUAGUCUACCCUCCAACUUAUGUUUGAGUCAGCCCCAUCUCACGUGGAUAACAUUAGGGGGUAAUAACUUCAAUGGAUUCCUUCCACCGUCAAUAUCGAAUUGUUCAGACUUGGAAAUCCUUGAUUUUUCUUAUAAUUAUUUAAAGGGGGAAAUAGGUAUUGAUUUUGGAAGACUACAACAUCUUAGGGGACUAUCUCUUGCUGACAACAAUUUUGGAAGCAAGAAUCUUGAUGACAUGAAUUUCUUUUCUUCUUUGUCCAACUGCACCAAUUUGGAAGUUAUAGAUAUUGACAUGAACCAAUUAGGAGGGGUGCUCCCAAAUUCACUUGGGAACUUCUCAUCCAAACUGUCUUACCUAGCGUUGGACAGUAACCACCUCUCAGGUAGCAUCCCUUCAUCAAUAGGCAAUUUGUUAGGCCUAAACUCAUUUUCUUUAAGUGAAAACAACUUUACAGGCUUGAUUCCUGAAAGCAUUGCCAAGCUUCAAAACCUGCAAAUACUAUAUCUUUUUGACAACCAUUUCUCUGGGGUUAUUCCAAGAUCUAUAGGAAACUUGUCACUUUUAACUAAAGAAGCAUUUGGUAGAAAUAGUUUGGAAGGCACUAUACCCUCGACAAUUGGGAGAUGGAAACAAGUUAUAGAUUUGGAACUUUAUGGAAAUAAGCUAAGCGGGUGUGUACCUAAAGAGCUAUUCCAAGUGACAUCACUUUCCAUAGUACUAGAUCUGAGUCAAAACAAUCUAUCUGGAGUGCUUCCACAAGAGAUUGGCAACCUGAAACUCAUAGGAUCAAUUAAUUUUUCUAUGAAUCAUUUAACAGGUGAACUUCCAAGUAGUUUAAGCAGUUGCGCCAGUCUUCAAAGCCUAGACCUUUCUAGUAAUCUCUUUUAUGGAUCAAUGCCGGAAUCAUUUAGUUCACAGAAAGCCCUCGAAUAUGUUGACUUGUCACACAAUAACUUUUCUGGGCACAUUCCAACAUAUCUGCAACAAAUUCCCUUGAAGGGUCUAGAUCUUUCCUAUAAUAACUUUGAGGGUGAGGUGCCUGUUAAAGGUGUUUUCGCCAACACAAGUGCAAUGUCCGUCAUUGGGAAUACCAGACUUUGUGGGGGAAUACCGGACCUUCACCUAACAAAAUGCACAAGCACAACUAGCAACCCCAAAAGACGAACUCGAAAGCUUUCUGUACGUGCUAUAGUAGCAGUUUCGCUAUGUUCCACUGUUGCGGGUUUGGGCCUUUUUUGGUUUGUCUUGUUUUACUGUCAAAUAAAAAAGAAGAGAGAUCAACAAUCAGAAGCAAGAUUGUCUGAAUCUUUUGAGAAGAUAUCAUAUGGAAGGCUUUUCAAAGCAACGGAAGGGUUCUCUGCAGAAAAUCUGAUUGGUACAGGUAGCUUUGCUUCGGUUUACAAAGGAGUUCUUGAUGAAAAUGGCUACACCGUGGCAAUCAAAGUACUAAACCUUCUACGCCGAGGAGGUUUUAAGAGCUUUAUGGCUGAGUGUGAGGCCUUGAGAAACAUUCGUCACCGCAACCUGGUGAAAGUCAUAACAGCUUGCUCAAGUAUCGAUUUCCAAGGCAAUGAUUUCAAAGCUUUGGUGUACGAUUUCAUGCCUAAUGGGAAUCUGGAGAGCUGGUUGCAUUCUGUAGAUCGUACCUUAGAUAUUUUUCAAAGAUUCGGUAUCAUCAAAGAUGUGGCUUGCGCUCUUGAUUAUCUCCAUUGUCGUGGUGGAAAUGUUAUCGUUCAUUGUGAUUUGAAGCCGAGCAACAUAUUAUUGGAUGUGGAUAUGGUUGCUCAUGUUGGAGAUUUUGGUCUGGCGAAAAUACUUUCCCUUGAAGAAGGUUCUUAUGCAAAUGCGAGUAGCUCAAGUAUCAUUAGAGGAACCGUUGGGUAUGCACCUCCAGAAUAUGGGCUUGGAAAUGAAGUUUCAACAAGCGGGGACAUGUAUAGCUAUGGGAUCCUAUUAUUAGAGAUGUUGACAGGGAAAAAACCUGUUGAUCCAAUGUUUGAAGGAGGGCUAGGCCUGCAUUCCUAUGCUAGGAGUGCCUUGGCUGAUGGUUGUGUGCUUCAGAUUGUGGAUCCAGUGCUUCUAAGUGAGGGUGUCAACGAAAAUAGUUUGAUUUCACUAGUAAAAAUCGGUGUGCAAUGCUCUUACGAGUCUCCACAAGAUCGAAUGGAUAUUGGGACUGUUAUUCACGAACUCUUCGGGACAACAUUUGCAAGUAGAUCUUGAUUUGUCAAACACCCACGAUGCAAGUGGUGCGACCUGAAAAGCUAGCUAGCUUUUGGUUUAAUAAUAUUGUAUUAAAUUGAUGUUUGGGGGUGUGUGUGAACAUUGCUUUCUUAUCUAUACAAGUACUUGCUUUCUUCCAUAUGUAUCAAUAAACGAGUUAUAAUGUUUUUUUUUUGUG